UCAAAAACCCUAAAAUUUCCUCGGUCCUUCAAAAUCCUAGCGCGCCAUGGAUAGCGCCACCGACGAAGACUCGGACAGCGACGUCUUCGGUUUCCUCCCGUCGAUGAUCGAAGUCCUCAAAUCCUCCGAUGAUCCGAGCGAAUUGAUCGCGAAUCUCACCGCUUUGUGUGAUGCCCUAGCUUUCACGCAGUACGAGGAUGACCUGGCUCAGUUCCCUCUGAAGGAGGUCGUCCCCGUACUCAUCGAAUUGGCGGGAAAAGGCGUGAGCCCCGAUGCUAUGUCGUUGGUGGUUAGGGUUUUUACUUACUUGCUUGAUUUGGUUCCGAGGGCAGCGAAGGUUCUUGCGAAGAAGGGGGCGAUCGCGGUCCUUUGCGGGCCGCUGAUGGAGAUCGAGUACCUUGAUGUGGCCGAGCAGUGUCUGGUGGCGUUGGAGAAGUUAUCAAGGAGGCAGACGGUACCAUGUUUGAAGGCUGGGGUGAUUCAGACGGUGCUGAGAUUCAUUGAUUUCUUUGACAUAAGGGUGCAAAGAGUUGCAAUUUCCAUUGCUAUGAAUGCGUGUAGAAAAGUCCCCGAGGAUUGCCUUUCAACUGUCAUGGAUGCUGUUCCUACUCUGUGUAAGCUUCUAGAUUACCAGGACCAAAAGCUUGUUGAAUCCGCUGCUACAAGCUUGAUGAAGAUAGUGGAAAAUUUUAGUCAUUCUUCUGAUCUUCUAGAUGAGCUUUGUAAGCAUGGGGUGGUAAAACAAUCUGUGAAAUUGAUUUCUCCAUGUAGUACGGUGGCACUCAGCGAAAGAACUAAUAUUGGCAUGAUUGAGCUUCUUGCUCGGCUAGCCAACAGUUCCCUUUUGGCAGUAAGUAUUCUUUAUGAAUUGAAUAUAAACAGCAUUCUGGGAAAUCUCCUCAGACGUCCCCAUCUUUCUCACAGUGCCCAUAACUCACAUUCUGAAGACGACUCCAGAGAUCAGAUAUUUGCUGCUCUAAAGUUACUUAAUCAGCUUAUCCCUCCUAUGGCAUGUGAUGAGAAAGAUAUACAGCUUGUUUCAGGCAAGAACGAGAUUAUAGCCAAUGAACCUAAAUUAUCGUUUCAGUUUGCUGAGGAUAUUCUUCCUGCAUUAAUUCAGGCAGUCAAUUCUGGAGCAAGUACACGUAUAUGUUACGGCUCUGUUUCUGUUAUAUUGAAUUAUUUUUUGGCUGUCACACCUGAUGUCCUGCGGGUAUUAAUAAAAAAUGCAAAUAUUCCAAAGUUUUUGGCAAGUUUAUUGUCUCAGAAGAAUCAUCAUCUGCUGAUUCCAUCCCUUCUCAUAGUAGAAGUUAUUAUGCGAGAGCUUCCUGGUGAACUUUUAAAACCCUUUGUCAAGGAGGGUGUUAGUCAUGCAAUUAAUGUAAUUUCAAAGCAAGAGAAUUGGUCCCAAACCGACACAGGGGAUACUGAUGAUCAAACAAUCGCUAAUCCUCCUCGAUGCUUGUGCUAUGCAUUUGACCCAUGCUCUUCUCCUUCAUCAUCAGAAUCAAGGACAUGCAGGCAACGGAGAUGUGAUCUUUCUCCUUUAGCCCAAAGAUUGAUGUCAACCUUUUUCACUGAAACCUUGAUCUCUAGUAUGGUAUUUUCUGAAAAUUUACGAAAGCUCAAAUCUUGUUGCAUGGAAAUUGACAACAAUGUGCAUAGUGCUUUACCUAAUUCCUCUGAAAAGGAAGAAUACUUGACCCAAAUGUUAGGUGAACUUGUAAAGGUACUUAAUGAAGGGGAAUCGGUAUCGACGUUUGAGUUUAUUGAAAGUGGAAUUCCGAGAUUCUUGGUUCAUUAUCUGACUAAUGGAGACCACUUUCCUAGAGGGGUGUAUAGCAACAAGACAGAAGCUUAUCAUACUGUGCUAAAGAGAUUCCAGACUUUCACUUCUAUGUUACUUUCAGGUCAAAGCUGGCAACUGUUUCCUCUGACAUCACUAGUACGACAUUUGCAGAAUGCACUGUCUUCAUUAGAGAGUUUUCCUAUUAUUUUGAGUUCAGGUUAUAGGCCUACACCAAGAAGAGCUGACAUUUCAGCUGAAAAGCCCACAGUGCAUCCAUGCUUACAAGUAAAUUUUGUGACGGAAGAAAGGGAGACAGAAUUGUGCAACUACAACAAUGUAUUAACUGUUGACUUCUCUUCAUCUUGGGAUACAAUUGAAGAAUUCUUGUGGCCUAAAGUUAAGAAGAAAAUGUCUGUCACAAAGAGCGCUCAAGAGACUCGACAUCCCGGAGAAAAAUCAGCACAAAUAGUAGAUUCCCAAGAACAAGGUGAAAAUUCUAUGUUGCAGAAUAAUGAAGACGUUAAACCAAAACUAGUCUUUCUUUUGGAUGGGAAACAGCUUGACCACUCCGUAACUUUGUAUCAAGCAAUUCUGCAAGAUAAGAUCAAUCAAGAUCCUGCUAUAAUUAUCAACAGAGAAUUUUGGAAUGAAGUGCACGGAGUAAAAUUCAGAAAGGCGAAAGAGCUGCAACUAAGACUUCCACUCAAAAAAGGAUCUUUUCAAGUUUUUGCUGACACUUCCCAGUCAUCUCUUUCUUGUGAUACAGCGGGAUUGUGUAGGCAGAACCUCUCAUUCUUCUCCAGUAUGCUGCUGUCUGAGCUGCCUUGUAAGCUGGAGAGGUCAAAUCCUGCCUAUGAUAUCCUAUAUAUACUGAAAAUUUUGGAAGGCAUAAAUGGUUUUUCAUUUCAACUAAGCUCAAAUGAGAAGAGCAAUGCUUUUGCUGAAGGGAGGCUAAACAAUGCUGAUGAUCUCAAGGUGAUAGCACCAUCACUUCCGCAGACUGAGUUCAUAAGCAGUAAACUAAAUUCCAAGCUGGAGCAGCAGAUGCAUGAUCAUUUGGUGUUAUCCACUACAACCAUGCCAUUGUGGUGUACACAGAUAAUGGUUUCAUUCCCUUUCUUGUUUUCUCUUGAAGCAAGAUGGAAGUACUUCUUCCUGAAUACAUUAGGCAUUUCAAGAAACCAUAUGCAGAAUUCUGAGAAGAACGAAAUCAGUAAUAUAAAUGAUAGAAGGUCACUUUCAACCUCAUUACGCCGCAAGAAGUUCAAAGUUCAUCGUGACAAUAUUCUCGGUUCUGCUGUGAAAAUGAUGAAUUGGUAUGCUAGUAAGAAGGUUUUGCUUGAAAUAGUGUUUAAUAAUGAAGUUGGUACAGGCCUUGGUCCUACCCUCGAGUUUUAUACCUUAGUUAGUCAUGAACUGCAGAAAGUUGGUAUGGGUAUGUGGAGAGGAGAUCAUACUUCUUCUGGUACUAAACUUCAUUCAAGAAAAAGCAUGGUAGUUAGUGACUCUAGUUUUGUUAGAGCUCAUUCUGGAUUGUUUCCUCGCCCGUGGUCCAUUCGUGUAGAGUCCUUGAAUGGUGUCAGUUUCUCCAAAGUCCUCAAGAAUUUUUUUCUUCUCGGGCAGCUUGUAGCAAGAGCAAUUCAAGAUGGGAGGAUUCUGGAUUUUACAUUUUCCAGAGCAUUUUAUAAGCUUGUACUUGAAAAGGAUCUUGAUAUUUAUGAUAUUCAGUCAUUUGAUCCUGAGCUUGGGAGGACCUUGAUAGAGUUUCAAGCUCUGGUUAAAAGAAAAGCCUUUUUAGAAAGUGGAGAACUUUCAGAAGACGGGAGUGCUCUAUCUUUUCGGAAUGCAAGAAUAGAGGAUCUCUGUCUGGACUUUGCUCUUCCAGGCUAUCCAGAUUACGCCUUUGGCUCAAGUGACUCAAAAAUGGUAAAUAUGAGCAAUCUGGGCGAGUAUAUUUCAUUGGUUGUUGAUGCUACUGUGGGAAGCGGAAUUUCCAGACAGUUGGAAUCUUUUAAAUCAGGAUUUAAUGAGGUAUUUCCCAUAAAAGCUCUUCAAAUUUUUACGGCACAAGAGCUUGAGCAAAUAGUUUCUGGGGAACAAGAUACUUGGGAUAAUAAUGAAUUCCAAGAUCACAUCAAAUUCGACCAUGGUUACUCAUCAACUAGUCCCACUGCAAUAAUGUUCCUAGAAGUUAUUCAAGAGUUUGAAGUUCGACAACGAAGAGCUUUCCUGUUGUUUGUGACUGGAGCUCCUCGGCUGCCUCCAGGAGGCUUAGCUGCUCUUAGACCUAAAUUGACCAUUGUCUGCAAGCACUGUGAUAAUGAUGCUGAUAUGGAACUGCCAAGUGUGAUGACCUGUGCUAACUAUCUAAAGCUCCCUCCUUACUCUUCCAAGGAGCGAAUGAAGGAGAAACUGUUAUAUGCAAUUAUGGAGGGACAAGGGGCUUUCCAUCUCUCUUGAUCACGAGACAGCAUCUCUCGCCUAAUUCUUUGAUAAAAUUUUGAAACUGAUAUUCGUCUCAAUCAUGUAAAUUAAGGGAAACCAUUAUCCACGACUCAAGAACUAUUUAUGGAUAGAAAUCUUAAGAGCUGCAGAGGAUGGUUAAUGCUGGAGUUCAUUGGGACUGAAAGAGGAACCAUCGUCACUGAGUGUACUAUUACUAACUAGGAUAGAAGAUACCAUCAGAAAUUUUUUCUUUACAGUAGGCUCAGAGAUGACAUAGAGUUAUCCGAUUUUACAAUUCUUGUAUAUCAAGCUAACACGGCUAGAAAUAUUUAUUCUUCUUCGGUAUGUGAAUAAUAUUGGUUGUAUACUGAUACAUGGAAAAAUAUAGUCCUGUUAAUAUGAAAAUUUUG